CUCAUUUCUUUCUCUUCCUUAUUAUCGCUCUUUUUCGUUGUGGUUAUUUGGUAAAAUUACAGAUUUUGUCCUCUUUUAAUCUCUCUCUUUGUUUCUUACAUUUCGUAUUUGAUUUAAUAUUUCAAAGAUCUUCUGUCUUGCUCCUAUUGUUGGGUUUUCUUUUCAUCUCUCUCUCUCUCUCUCUCUUUCUUUCUUGAGAAAGGAGAGGUUAAUAGCUCAAGACAGCUUUUUUUCAUCCGAGUUUUGUGGUAUAGUCCUUUUAUCUUCUUGUUAAGAGUCUUUUAGAUUGAUCAAGAAUUCAAGAUCUUUCAUUUCCACCCGUUUGGUGAGCCUUCAAGGACUUUAGGAUAAUUGUACGGAAAUUCAUACAAGUCCUAAUGCAGGGGCAAAGGGGUACUGUUGGUUCCUUGCCCGAAACCAUCUUUGUUCAUAGCUCUACAUCAAGUAAUGCUGUUGCUGAACAGCAGGAUUGCUGGAAUAAUAUUCGAAAUCCUAUAGAAAACAGAUUGCCUGAUUGUUUGCUGUCAACCAAUGACAUGAACAUUGGAUAUGCGAACUCUAUGGGUCAAGAGGAGCAGCUUGGUAGAUGGAGCUUGGUUGAUGUUAACUCUAGUGGCACACAAAAUGAGGUUAGCCAUAACGAGUGGAAAACAGAUCAUAGGUGGUCAUCUUCUAUUAGUGCUUCUGCAAAUGCUGGUCCCAGGUUAGAAGGGCGGAGGUAUGAACAGAACUCUUUAUUUGCCCAAAGUUCUAAUUCUGAUACUGUUUCUCAGAAUCUGAGGUUAAAUGUCGGAUUUGCGGGUGUUGAUGAUAAUAGCUGUCAAGUUACAGAACGGCUUAACCUCCAUAAGCCUAGUGGAUCUGAGAAUGAGCAGAAUUUACUGGGCACUGGUCCUGAAGCAUUUCUACUUUCUUCUGGAAGUGGUAGGUAUGUUGUGGAUGAUAAUGAUAGCAGACCUGGCUGCUCAUAUGAGGGUCGUCGUGCAUCAUGCAAAAGAAAGGCUCUGGAAGGAAAUGUUGGGCAGUGCUCUUCUAGUGGAAGUUCUGGCUACUUUCGUAGUGCUGAAAGUAGUGCAUGGCAUGGCAUUUCUGCUAGCCAUACAGCAGGAAGCAAUGUGAAUAUAUCUCCCCCCUCAAGACAGGUGCACCCGAGACUUGGAUUAGAUGUCAGAGGAUCAGCUUCUAACAGCAUUCCCGAACAAAUUGUUUUACCACCAACUGCAGAGAGCUCACACAGGAAUUUCCAUCUGAGAAGAAAUCCUUCAAGUAUACAGGAGCCUAUUGCUCAUCCGAUAUUUCCUACUGGUGAUAUGUCCUGGCAGGCUGUUGUUUCUUCUGCACAACAGCCAUCAAGGCUUUUCCCAGCUAAUCAUUCUCUGGAAUUAAGGUCAGCACCAGUGGUACAUAAUGCAAAUUCUGAAAACCCGAAUAUCAUAAGUCAUGUUCCAUCUUUGCUGCUAAAUGGAGGUUCUGGUCCAAGAACGGGCAGUUCAUCAAAUUCUAAUCCUUUUGCUGAUAGAGAUGUACCACGUGCAAGACACAAAUCAAGAAGCAUGGCUAGAAACAUAUUACAUCAUCCUAUGUUUGUUCCUGCACCAGAAUUAAGAACUUUGGUUAGAAAUCCAGUUUUAAGCAGUGGAAAUAUAAGUUCUCCUGGAAAUGUUGCCUCUACAUCUCAUGCAGGCUCAAAUAAUGGUGCCAAUGUGAUGUCUGCAUCCACCUGGGUUCCUCAUCCCAACCCCUCUUCACAAUACCCCCGAAGGUUGUCUGAACUUGUUCGUCAAUCAUUAAUGUCUUCCCUUGGCACUGAAUCUGGAGGCCAGAGCAAUCAUUCUUCACUUCCUUCAGGACCUACUACUUCUCCGGAAGCGAUGCUGCUUUCCUCUCAUGUAGCUAGCCAGGUUCCCCAUCGUCUGUAUCCUAGGUCAUUGCCAUGGUUGGAGAGACAAGAUGCUGGUUUUGUUGGAAUUCCCCACUCAUUGCGAACUUUAGCUGCUGCCACUGAAGGCAGAAGCAGGCUUGUUGUGUCUGAGAUUCGCAAUGUAUUGGAUCUCAUGCGUAGGGGGGAGAACUUACGGUUUGAGGAUGUUAUGAUCCUUGAUCAAUCAGUACUUUUAGGGGUAGCUGAUAUUCAUGAUCGGCAUAGGGAUAUGCGGCUCGAUGUUGAUAACAUGUCAUAUGAGGAGUUAUUGGCUCUGGAAGAGCGCAUUGGUAACGUAAGCACUGGGUUGAGUGAAGAAACUAUAUUAAACCGUCUGGAACGACGAAAGCACUCUAGUGCACCAGGAGCUCAGUUAGAGGCAGAACCAUGUUGUGUUUGUCAGGAAGAGUAUAAUGAUGGAGAAGAUAUUGGGACACUGGAAUGUGGCCAUGGCUUCCAUGCUGAUUGCAUUAAACAAUGGUUGAUGCACAAAAACUUGUGUCCCAUCUGUAAAACAACGGGUUUGACUAAAUGAGGCAAUUAGUCCUUCCUUGGGUCAGGGAAAGGGACCGGGAUGGCUUCUUCCAUUCAUCAAAACUUGAUGCCUUCCGAGUGUGCCGUAUGCAGCGAACAGAGGAAUUAAUUUUUACUUCCAACUAUGUCAAAACAAAGUCAUUUUCUGGGUGGAUGACACAAAUGUCCGAAGCACUGGGAACAAAAAAGCUGGUUUCAACAUUUUUCAUUUUCUAUUAGUUUUUAUGUAUGAAUUUUUAGCCCAUUGGCGACAUCAUAGAUUAUCGGAUGAUGGUUUGAUAGCAACUUUUAACUGAAAAGAGCAACGAUGCUUGACAUUGAAGGUCUGAAA